AUGGGGUGCACAGCGUCCAAGGUGGAGCAGGAGGACACGGUCCGGCGCUGCAAGGAGCGCCGCCGCCACAUGAAGGACGCGGUGGCGGCGCGCCAGCUGCUGGCCUCCGCGCACGCCGACUACCUCCGCUCCCUCCGCGUCACCGCCGCCACGCUCUCGCGCUUCGCGCAGGGCCACCCCUCGCUCGCCGUUUCGCACCACACCGCCCCCGUUCUCCUCUCCGCCGCCGCGCCGCCGCCUGCUCCAAGCGCCGCCCACGCGCUCCCCACACCGGCGCCCUCCACCUCCACGUCGUCAUCGCUCCCGCCUCCGACGCCGCUCGCCCAGCACCCGCACCCGCCCCCGCCGCCCCAGCCCCAGGUGCAGCCGGCGCCGGCGAGGGCACCACGCCCACGGCGGCUCAGGGUGCCCCACAUCCUGUCGGACUCCAGCGUGGCCAGCCCCGCGCAGUCGUCAUUCCGCAAGCAGCCGCCGGUGGGCACGCCGUCCUCCUCGUCCGCGUGGGACUGGGAGAACUUCUACCCGCCGUCGCCGCCAGACUCCGAGUUCUUUGUCCGCCGCAAGGCCGAGGUCGAGCAGGCCAGCCGCCUCCGGGAGCUCGACGAGGAGGAGAAGGCCCGGGCCUACCUCCACCACCACACUCACUACAACCUCAAGGAAGAAGACGAGGCCGCCGAAGACGACGACGGUGAGGUGGACCAUGAACCAGAGGGGAUGCAUUGCGGCGGAUGGGAGGACGACGAGCACUACGCGUCCACGACCACGUCGGAGACCAGAUCGGAGGACGAGGGCGAGAUGGGGGACAGAUCGGAAUGCGGGUUCGCGGCCAGAUCGGAGUGCGGGUUCGUGAUCAGAUCGGAGUACGGCGGGACGGCGCCGUCAGAGUACGCCGCCGUACCAUUGCCCCUGAGGAGGGAUGAGAGGUCGGAGGCUGGCGACUCCUCCUCCACGGUCACGGCGGCGACAGAGAUGCGGAUGGUGGUGCGCCAUCGCACUCUCGCAGAAAUCGUGGCGGCCAUUGAGGAGUACUUUGUCAAGGCAGCCGACUCCGGCAACGAUGUGUCGGAGCUCCUGGAGGCCAGCCGCGCACAGCUCGACCGCAACUUCCGGCAGCUCAAAAAGACGGUGUACCACUCCAACAGCGUGCUAUCAGCAUUGUCGUCGACUUGGACGUCAAAACCGCCAUUGGCUGUACGAUACAAGCUGGACACUAAUGCACUGGAGAUGGAGUCAACGGAAGGGAAGAGCCAUGGAUCCACUCUAGAGCGGCUUUUGGCUUGGGAGAAGAAGCUCUACGACGAGGUCAAGGCAAGAGAGAGUGUGAAGAUUGAGCAUGAGAAAAAGCUUUCUACUCUGCAGAGCCUGGAGUACAGAGGGAGGGAUAGUGCAAAGCUGGACAAGACCAAGGCCUCCAUAAACAAGCUGCAAUCACUGAUUGUAGUUACCUCACAGGCUGCCACAACUACAUCCUCAGCUAUUGUUAGAGUCCGUGACAAUGAGCUUGCACCACAGCUUGUUCAGCUCUGUUUUGCGCUAUUGUGUAUGUGGAGGUCAAUGAACCAUUUCCAUGAGAUACAAAAUGAGAUUGUUCAGCAAGUCCGCGGUCUGGUGGACAACUCCAUGGCUGAGUCAACAUCUGACCUUCACAGGCUUGCAACUCGUGAUCUUGAGGCUGCUGUUGCGGCAUGGCACUCGAACUUCAACCGCCUUAUCAAGUACCAGCGUGACUACAUCCGCUCUCUAUAUGGCUGGCUGAAGCUCACACUCUGCCAAGUGGAUAACAGUGUGCCACAGGAAGCCCAUGCCUCAAUGAUCUCGCGUGAACUCACCAGCUUCUGUGACGAGUGGAAGCAAGCACUAGACCGUCUUCCAGAUGCUGUUGCUUCAGAGGCGAUCAAGAGCUUUGUGAAUGUUGUUCAUGUCAUUUACAUUAAGCAGGCAGAGGAGAUGAAGAUCAAGAAGCGGACAGAGACAUUUUCAAAGGAGCUAGAAAAGAAGACCAACUCACUCAGGUCCAUUGAGAAGAAGUACUACCAAUCCUACUCGAUGGUCGGCCUUGGCCUUCCUGGCAGUGGGCGCGAUGGCAUUGAAAGCCACGCGUACGAUGCUCGUGAUCCUCUUGCAGAGAAGAAAACUGAGAUUGCUCAGUGCCGUCGGAAGGUGGAGGACGAGAUGACAAGGCAUGCUAAGGCCGUCGAGGUAACAAGGUCAAUGACGCUGAACAACAUACAGACAGGCCUGCCAGGAAUAUUCCAAGCCAUAGCUGGUUUCUCAGGGACAGCGGUUGAAGCUCUUGAUGUGGUGUGCCGCCGAGCUGGGUCAGUGCGGUAG